GGGUGGGUGACUCUUCUUUUGCUAUCUUAGAAGCCUGGCCCGCCCAGCUUGGGGGUCGCUCCUGCCCGUUUUGAGGGAGAGGGCUCGGGGGCUGCUGCCCACAAAACUCUCCCCCCGCCCCCGUGGUGCUUUUCCAAGGGUGGGGACUCAGGGCAAGAGGCGGGACCGCCUUGGGAAGGGGAAUCCCGUCAGCCUCCCUCCCUCCGUCCGUCCGUCCCUCCCGCCGGGGAGUGGGGCAAUGGCUGGAGUUCCCUGGAAGGGUUGCUGCUUUGGACGGUGUUUUCGAUCCCCGGCGCCCUCCAGGCAGGACUGGGGAAAUUGAAACCCUCGAGAUCUGCUGCUGCUGCCGGCCAGAGUAGGCGGCACCAAGCUCGGUGGGGGGGUUGGUGGUGGCCCGACUAAGUAGUAGGCGGCUUCGUGGGGGGUACCGCAGAAGCCAAGAAAUUCGACUGUUGACCACCCCCAAAUAAAAGAGAUGGAGGGAGGAUGACGGAUGGACUUGUUGCUAGGGAUGUGUACGAGACCAGAGGUUUGCAGCGAGAGAGAGAGGACAGAAACAAACCCGCUUCCUUCCCUUCUGCAUACAUAGCCAGCUCGCGUGUAAAAGUCGUCGUUGCGCUUUGGUGACCAACAACCAGAAGUGGAGAUGGCUGACAUCCUGUUUAUAACGAUGGGCUGAAUAAAUUCUGGAUUAUCUUGAAGUCACAUCUAUUUAGCUGGCUUGGGAGUUCAAACAGCCAUAUAAAUGCCGUUUUUUAAUGUAAGAGAAGACUGCAAAGCCAUGGCUUUCUGUGCCAAACUGAGAAGUUCCAGGAAAAACGAAGUGAACACAGAAGCUCAAGAACCAGGCCUGGAAGUAGCAUUCUAUUUGCAAGAGAAGCUUUCUCUUAGGUAUACGUCUGGCAGGUAUACAGCAGAAGACCUCUGCAUUGAAGCUGCCCGGAAAUGCUCUAUAUCUCCAUUGUGCCACAACCUGUUUGCACUCUUUGACGAACACACAAAGCUGUGGUAUGCCCCAAAUCAUGUCUUCCAAAUAGAUGACAAGACUGUACUUCGAGUACAUUAUCGCAUGAGGUUUUACUUUACUAACUGGCAUGGGACAAACGAAAGCGAACCCUCGGUCUGGCGACAUUCUCCAAAGAAAUCAAGGAGUGCUUAUGAGAAGAAACUAGCACAAGAAGGAACACCUCUACUUGAUGCAAAUUCACUAGAAUAUAUCUUUGCACAGGGACAGAAUGAUUUGAUAAGAUGCUUUGCACCUGUUCGGGAUCCUAAAAAUGACCAGGAGGUUAAUGAAAUUGAAAAUGAGUGUCUGGGGAUGGCUGUGCUUGCCAUCUCACACUAUGCACUUAAAAAAGACCUGAAGUUGCCAGAUGUUUCCAGAGACAUGAGCUAUAAACGGUAUAUUCCCGAAAGCCUGAGCAAGACCAUAAGGCAGAGGAACUUCUUAACCAGAACACGGAUAAACAAUGUCUUCAAGGAUUUCCUUAAAGAAUUUAACAAGAAGACCAUUUGCGACAGCAGCGUUUCUCCGCAUGAUCUGAAGGUGAAAUACUUGGCAACAUUGGAAACGUUAACGCAACAUUUUGGUGCAGAAAUACUCGAGACUGCCUCGUUGUUGAUUUCAUCAGAGAAUGAGAAGAUCUUUGACACGGGUUACUCUGAGACCAUACCAUGUUAUCAAGUGAUGGUAACAGGCAAUAAUGGAAUCCAGUGGCGGCUGAAACCAAGUGUUACACAGAGCGAGAGAGAGAAACACAAAACAAAGAGGAAAAGAUCAGAUGGCAAAGCCAGGAAAAACGAAGAAAAAAGUAAGAGAGAAGAAUGGAAUAGUUUUUGUUACUUUCCCGAAAUUACUCACCUUGUGAUCAAAGAAUCCAUGGUCUGCAUUUACAAGCAAGAUAACAAAAGGAUGGAAUUCAAGCUGUCUUCGUGCGAGGAAGCUUUGUCAUUUGCCGCUUUGAUAGAUGGGUAUUUCAGGCUUACUGCAGAUGCCCAUCAUUAUCUCUGCACUGACGUCGCACCACCCUUGAUAAAACACAACAUUAAAAAUGGCUGCCAUGGUCCAAUAUGCACAGACUAUGCUAUCAACAAGCUGAAGCAAGAAGGAAAUGAGGAGGGGAUGUAUGUCCUGAGGUGGAGCUGUACAGAUUUCCAUAAUAUCCUCCUGACUGUUAUAUGUAGUGAAUAUUCACAGCAAAUGCUGAACCCUGCAAAGCAGUACAAGAACUUCCAGAUUGAAAUGACCAAAGAUGGAUGUCGUUUACAUGGAUCUGAUAGGUUAUUUCUAUCUCUGAAGGAGUUGAUGGACCAUUUAAAAGGACAGAUGCUUAGGACAGACAAUAUAGUCUUCACACUAAAGAAGUGUUGUCAGCCAAAGCCAAGAGAAAUCUCCAAUUUGCUGGUGGCGACAAAGAAAUCCCUAGAAUGGCAGCCAAUCUGCCCGUUGGGGCAGCUGAGCUUCCACCGAAUCCUUAAAGAAGAAAUAAUACAAGGUGAACACCUUGGAAGAGGAACAAGAACACAGAUUUACUCUGGGGUCCUUAGGUAUAAGGAAGAUGAGGGCUAUCAGUCUGAAAAAGCGAUGAAGGUUCUCCUGAAAGUCUUGGACCCCAGUCACAGGCACUUUUCUCUGGCCUUUUUUGAGACUGCAAGCAUGAUGAGGCAGAUCUCCCACAAACACAUCGUCCUCCUUCAUGGAGUUUGUGUCCGUGAUGUGGAAAACAUUAUGGUAGAAGAGUUUGUUGAAUUUGGACCUCUGGAUCUCUUCAUGCACCGCAAGAGCGAUCUGCUCACUACUCCUUGGAAAUUCAAAGUAGCAAAGCAAUUGGCAAGUGCAUUGAGCUACCUGGAGGAUAAAGAUCUAGUUCACGGAAAUGUUUGCACAAAAAAUAUACUCUUGGCAAGGGAAGGAAUUGACAAUGAAUAUGGACCUUUCAUAAAACUGAGUGACCCAGGAAUUCCAAUAACAGUGUUGUCUAGAAAAGAAUGUGUUGAGCGCAUCCCUUGGCUUGCACCAGAAUGUGUAGAAGACUCAAAAAAAUUAACUGUGGCUGCUGAUAAAUGGAGUUUUGGUACAACGCUGUGGGAGAUUUGCUACAAUGGAGAAGUGCCACUUAAAGACAAGACAUUAGCAGAGAAGGAGAGGUUUUAUGAAGGGCAUUUCACACUUCCAGUCCCAUCCUGCAAGGAGCUAGCUGACCUGAUGAAGCAGUGCAUGCACUAUGACCCCAGCCAGAGACCAUUCUUCAGAGCAAUCAUGCGAGACAUCAACAAGCUAGAAGAACAAAAUCCUGAUAUCGUCUCUGAGAAGAAGCCUAAUGCGGAGAUUGACCCGACCAUUUUUGAGAAACGCUUCUUGAAGCGCAUUCGUGACUUAGGCGAGGGCCAUUUUGGAAAAGUUGAACUCUGCAGGUACGACCCAGAAGGUGAUAAUACUGGAGAACAAGUGGCAGUAAAGUCACUGAAACCGGACUGUGGUGGGAACCAUAUUGCUGAGCUAAAGAAAGAAAUCGAAAUCUUAAGAAAGCUUUAUCAUGAAAACAUCGUAAAAUACAAAGGCAUCUGCACCGAAGAUGGUGGAAAUGGAAUUAAGCUGAUCAUGGAGUUUCUUCCUUCUGGAAGCCUAAAGGAAUAUCUUCCGCUGAACAAGAAUAAAAUUGGUCUGAAACAGCAAUUGAAAUACGCUGUACAAAUCUGCAAGGGAAUGGACUACUUGGGAUCUCAACAGUAUGUUCAUCGAGACUUAGCCGCAAGGAAUGUUCUAGUUGAAAAUGAACAGAGAGUGAAGAUUGGGGACUUCGGGCUAACCAAAGCAAUUGAGACGGAUAAGGAAUAUUACAAAGUCAAUGAUGAAAAAGACAGCCCUGUGUUCUGGUAUGCUCCCGAAUGCUUACUGCAGAGCAAAUUCUACAUUGCUUCAGACGUUUGGUCUUUUGGAGUGACCCUCUAUGAGCUACUGACCUAUUGUGAUCCUGCGUGCAGCCCAAUGGCAGAAUUCCUGAAUAUGAUUGGACCAACUCAAGGCCAGAUGACAGUGACACGGCUUGUGCGGGUAUUGGGAGAAGGCAAACGUUUGCCAUGUCCUAAAAAUUGCCCACCAGAGGUUAACCAACUGAUGGGGAAGUGUUGGGUUCAAGACCCAGGUGAGCGGACAACCUUUCACAAUCUGAUUCAAGGAUUUGAAGCACUUAUUUAAAAAAUGUAAUUCAUGCAUUUUAUACUUGUUUUGAAAAGUGUAUAAGGCCUUUUUAUUACCUAGUGUAAUUUUGUACUUUGGUAAUGUUGUGUCUGAAAAGGGUUUUUCUGCUUGAGUAGCCAACACGUGAGUGAUAAAUCAGGCCCAGCAGCAGAGAACACUGCUGAGCAUUUUGCCAGUGUUAUAUAUCUGUGCCAACAGGGUCUACCUGUAGGAGGAUAUCUCAGCUGCUGGGCCAAGUACUUUUCAGGGUGGAAAAAAAUCUUUUAAGGCUACUGCUAAGUGAUAUGUGCCUAUACAAAAUUUGAGUCAUGUUGUAUUAGAGAGCAAAAGAUGAUUUCCAAGCAGUGUAGUGGCUGUCAUUACAGUACAAAAUGUUAAUCAUGGCAGAUAGAAAUGUUCCCAACAGCAUUCAAAAAUGAAUAUUAAGGUGGUGUGCUGGAUAAUACUGGUUGGACUCCAACACCAGUUUUGUCCUACACCCAAAGGGUCUUUCUUUGCCACACAUCCUAAGCUACUUUUUGAACUGGCAUCAACUCGCAAAAGCAUUUUUUCUCCCUCUUGAUAUAUAUUUGUAGCAUUGGCUUUUAGCAUAUAUUCAUUAAGAUCCAGACACCAUUGGCACUUUGUCCUGGAGCAUUCUGAUCUAGUCCAAAAUUUCUACAUCACAGAAGUCAGUCCUCAUAUAUUCCUUCUCUUUUAAAAGGAAAACUCUAUAAUCUUAGGGGUGCAAAAAUAAUGUAAGGGGAAACGCCACUGAAGCGUGACAACAUUUGGUGUUUUUAUUGGGUAACUGAUUGCAAGUGACAAUUAAGCAGAAUAGUGAGUUUUGAAGACAUAAUUUCUCCAGUGAGGCUGAAUGGUGCAUGGAUUUUAAUGCGUACUCUGUAAAUGAAGAGAUAACAAUAUGCCAACCUGGAGUAGGGGGAUGGAUGUACAUUAUUCCUGCAUUGUGCACUUGCUAUAAAAGGAUUCACUAUGUUCUGCAACAAAGAGAGAGCCAUGUACAAGUUCUGGGGCCAGAAUGCAUGCAUUGCCUUACUCUGUGAAUUUGCUUGUCUUAACAGAUGGAAGACUAGUCUUUUCCUAAAGUCAGAUACUGCUUUUCAGGAAUUAUUCAGAAUUUGCAAUAAUGUAAUGUGUAUCAAAUUAGAAAUGCUAUCAAGUAAGAACCCUCUUGCAAAUACUGCCUGUUUCCCCCCCACUGUACGCACUUUGUUAUUCUUUAUAAAAUAAAUAAAGAUUUUAUCAAUAUUAAUGCAUUGCCUUCAUUCAUAGCUGAGACAACAUUUCUCAAGGGGUGUUGGCUGUCUUGUCUUGACUGCACUGAAGUCAAACUGUUGGAGAAUCACAGAGCCAGCUAUAACCUCACUGGUACUAACCAGUUUGCUGCUGUGAAAAUCUGGGCCCUUACUCUGCAGAUAGAUUAAACAUGAAUUAAAUAGAGCAGCGCUUCUAGAUCAAAGGUGAGGGGUACCUAUGGUGCCUGGAGGUUGCAGCAAUAUAACCUCCAGUCAUGUUAACAAUACAACACAUACACUUUGGGGAACACUGACUUUUCAAGAAAAGAGUUGUCAUGCGCUAGGGUUACAAAUAUUCAACUGACUCAACAAAUCAAGUUUUCAGAAAGGUAGGUCUGCUGAUAUGCUGCUAUAAGCCAUGUCAAAUAAAAUGACAGCUUCACCACAGGCCUUCACAAUGUACCUUCAGGAGCACACAAUAAGCCACGCCAGUUUAUACUUCAGUGUAGCUUGCCAUGCCAAUUUAUUUACAGAGAAAUUGAUUGCUCAGAAAAGAUACAUUCAAUGUGAAUAAUAACUAAACACAGAGAAGAAAAAUCUCGCUAUGACGUUCUGUUACUUCUGAAUAAUGUAAAUUAGUUUUAUAUAACAGCCUCCUAAUCAAGAAACUUUAAAUUUGCACCUAACUUUAAAUUUGACUGGAUUUCAAUCAGGCUUACCUUGAUCUCUCUUCAUGGCAGACAAGCUAUGCUACCCUCAUUGGUGUGCAUUUCUUCAUAACCUCCCACUGCAGAUUUGACCAUUGCUAAUGCUGGGCCUUGUCUGUUUUAAAUCUUACUUCAGAGACAAAAACCUACAAAUUGGGGUUACUAUGGAAAAUGGCAGCUCUACUGGUUAUUUCAAACAUAUUCCAAAGAACAGGAAAGAAGCUUUCUGUGAAUCUGAGUUAGAAAUAAAUUAAGAGCCAGCAUAUAGCAUGAAUACACCACAUUCCACCCAGUUCCAGUGAACACAAAUAAUUGCCAUGGUUAUAAAGUGCAAUAAAAGAUACUGAAGAAUUUCCAAGGUGGCAGUGAUUAAUCAAGAGUACUGUAGUAUAGAAAUAGGGUGUGGAGCAGAUAGAGCCUUAAACUAAAUGCAAGUCAGUAAGAUAACAAUGCAUUCAGUUACACUGGAUACUAAAUGGAAAUUCACAUAAUUCCCCCCC